AUGGAGGAUCCAUGGGGUUCUCCUUGGACCAACGAUUCACCACCAAAGAUAGACCUUCCCGCGCCGCCGCCGAAUGCGCACUUCACCGCGGACCACUUGGGCAGCUCGCAGCGCGCCUCACCUGCUCUCGCGCCAUGGAACGAUGAAGAUGACGCUUGGGGCGGUUGGACUGAAGCGGGUAAGGAUGGCAGUCCCCGAUGGGGAAGAAGUCCUGGGUUGCGACCUAUCGGGGGGAGCCCUUCUGGUUCGAGGUUACCGUCGCCAACGCCAGAUCCGUGGGGUCGACCGCCGACGUUUGAUACUGUACGUUCGAAGAAGGAGGAUAACGGAGAUUCUGCGAUUAGUCUCGGUGAAGGACUGCGGCCGAUUUUAGGGCGGGUUGCGACGAGGUCGCCAUCUCCCGCGCGCUCAUUUAAGGAGAAUACGGCAGAUAUAUGGCAGCAACCAGAUCCGGCGCUUUCGAUCAGGAGCUUGACUCCUUUGCCGAACGAAGAUGAAGGACGACCGGGUUCGCCGGAUGGGGCGCCUAGGCCUGCCUUGCAACCCGAGAUGAGACAACCUCCUUUACGACAAUCGUCCAACAAAGUUUCGGAAUUGGUGGAAAUGUUUGAUGACAUUUCUAAGAGAAAUCACAGUGUGUCACCUGUCGAUCCAUCUAUGCGAAAGGUUUCGGGAAAUGCAUCUUCGGCUGGGGAUGUCGCAUCUGAGCUUGGAGCGAAUGGACUCGAACAGCACGAGGAAGAUUUAAAAACGAAAUCCGAUUCUGGAAUGGAGCUAGAAGAUGAUUUGAAAACAGAAAAAGAGCCCGAGCCGAAGUUGCCUGAACCAGAGGCGAAGGAGUCGGAAUCUGAGCCUGAGCCGGAAUCCGAGUCAGAACCAGAAACAGAAACAAGAUUUGAAGAUGCUUCUGAAGAACUGCCAGACCACGAAAAGGAAGUUGCGGAAAGUGAGACGAAAGAGUUGCCUAAGGAAGAAGGAGACCAAACAGAAUCGGAUUCAUGGUCAGAUUUUGAAUCGCCUCCUCAAGAUACUCUUCAGAAGGAGACCCAGGAGCCCGAACCAGAAGCCCCUAAUGAGCAACCGCUCGUAGUGGAAACCUCAACAGAGGAAGAGACACCUGCGGAGCCAGCGCCAGUACGGCCGAAGCCACCUUCGGAGCCUUUCGCAAUUGACAUGUCAAAGCUCGAUGACCUCUUCCCCUCAGUCGACACUUCCUUUCCAUCACCAGAGCCAGUCCCCGAUGUAAUUAUUGACGAUAGCUUUACUGCUAUAUCUGAGCGCAAAGCUUGGUAUCUCAUGUCAAGGCCCGGCUCGAUGCGGAAACACAACAUGGGAGACGAUGAAAACUAUGUACGUGUGGGAUGGAACAACUCUCAUGUACGUGAGCAGUCCAUAAGAAUUGUGAGACGAUGGAUGGAGGAAGAUUCUAUUACUGGACGUGUCGUUCUUGGCCGAAGAGGCGGUGCUGCUGGUGCGAAGAUAUUCAACUGGGAUUCCUCAGCACCAUCAACCGAGUUUUCAAUUUCAGAACUCCUCGCGCGCAAGAACCAUUCGAGACAGACCUCAGCGGCCUCUAAGGGUGUAGCAUCACCUACAGCGGCAUCGUUUGGAUGGGGCCAUGCUCCCCUUCCCUCGCCUACUGCUGCUGCACCGCCAUCUGUGCCUCGCACUUCUGAUGUCAGUGAGCCUGAACCGGCUUCGACUACUGAAUCAUCACCUGUCGAGGCUACAAAGACAUCUCCUGUUUCAAAGACGAGGCCACCGCCUCUCGAAUCCCCUCCAAGACCGUGUAUUACUGAGGAGCCUCCCUCACCUAUCAAGCCAAUACCACUGGAACCUACAAACCGACCUAUAUCUAUAUCACAACCUCUACCCUUCCCUUCAUCUCCUACAGUUUCAGAGCCUCAGUCUCCCAUGAACACUACCGCCCUCUUAGGGAACAACCGACCUGUAUCAAUCUCACAAGCACCAAGAUCCCCUCUUGCACAGCCUCCAACAAACGCAGGAUGGGGCGAUGACGAGGACGACGAUGAUGAUUGGGGAGACAUGGUAUCUUCACCUAUAGUCGAAACAAACGGCGGGUUUGCUUCUAUGAAUGCGAUUGUGAAUGCCGAAAGAGCUAACGACAAAGAAAACACUGGAAAAUCCUUGAUUGCAGGCCAAUCUCCGAUGGUAGAGUCUUUCAAGGAUGAGCCUGAGGCGGAGUCGCAAUCCAAUGGUCGUCUUUCCAUGGAUACCUUGGCAGUACCAUCGCAAGACCUUGCGCCUAACAACCCUCGACUAACGGGGCACCACUGGAAUAAACCGCAAGCAUUACAAAAUGCGGCCUUGGGCCAUUCCCGAUCCACGACUAUUGACCUGCUUACUUCACCUAGAAAGGUGCCAAUGCCUGGUCACUUGCGAUCGACAACAAUCGAUUUGGGAAACCCCCGCUCGCCUCUGAAUGGAUUUUCAUCUGCAAACCUGACUCCUACUGAGGCGAAAUCUUCUGUUGAACAAACAAAUAAAGCCAAUAGCUGGGACUCUUGGGGGUUGGGACUGAUUGAUGACUCCAACAGACCAGUCAGUCCAGAAAACGACAGCGCAGCCGCAAACCAGAAACCGCAAACAUUAACAACACCCCUUGACACACUGAAGGGCAACUCUACACCCAAGAAACCACGGCCUAUGUCACUACCUCCUCCUCCCCGACCACAGACAAUCACAGAGUCUUCAGAAGACGAUAAAAUUGUUGCAAAUAUUCUCCGAGAUCUUCCAGAUCUCUCUUACAUGUUACGAUAA